AUGUCUAUGACAAGGCUUGCCAAGGUUAGGGCCAGAGAGGAACAUGGAGGCAACACCCCAGGAAGUGCUAGCAGCUGGCAAAGGAAGCUCCUGCAAAUGUACGAUACAAGAUUGGAGCUUUGCUUCAUUGGAGCUCAACAUUUGACUCUGAUCACGGACGGUUCCACCCAUGGAUGCCGAGACACCCUUGUGACCUGUGUUUUCGACCCUAUGGAGCAGGUGGCAGGCUGGGCAACUUGCAUGGCUAUUUGGCCUUCAAAGUUCGUGAGCCCAGGAGACUAUGACUUAGAGAUGGAGGUGGAACGACUACUAGCACGGAGAGAGGGUGAGAGACUGAGCAGUUACAAAUUGAUCCAGGCAUUAUCAAAGCAGUUGUGGCUGGUGACUCGCAAGCAGCUUAGCAUGUCUGAUUUGAAAGUGCCUGUGGAUCAGCUUCCAGCAAUUGAGAGGCUUGAACCUGGAGAUGUGAGGACAGUUGAAAAUGGUUGGCUGCAUGUGACCAAGGAAGAUGGAAACGUGUUUGAUGUUGAUCUUCUUGGUAUGGUUCAGCGAUCCACAACACUGGGCAUCAUAGGUGACCAGGGCCCAAACAUGCAGGCCUCGAUGAGUUUCCUGUAUGGCCACCACUUCCUUGUCCAUGGAAUCUACGACCCCUACCAUCGCCUGGUCAAUGAUUGCAAGCUGAGUGCUGAUUCUUCGGUCUUUGAAAAGUAUGUAGCCCGCAUUGCAUAUGACUUUGGGAUGCCGCUUUGCUCUGAAGAGGACAAGCGGGCUGUGUGGGAGGCAUUGCCUGAGAUGCUCACCAGCUUUGUGAACAAAGGGUCUCUUCCAAAGAGUGGAAGGUGGUUUUCUUUCCAUGAUGUUGGAUUAGAGCAAAUGAGGGAGUGGUGGGCCACCCGGAUGGUGCUUGGGGUCUACCUUGAAUGUGAAGAAGAGAUCAACCCAGACUCCCUGGACAACUUCAAAGCUUUGAGAAAAGGAGCUGGAGGGUUAAAGCUGGGCUACAUGUGCACUUCACAGAACUUUUGGGAAGACACCAAAAUCGUUUUGACUUGUGCCCAGCCGCUCUACACCUUCUUUUGCCAGCGGGUGCGUGAUUGCAAAACAGCAAAUGAUUCUCUGGAAUUCUCUGUGAAGGCCUCCAAGGAGUGGCGAGGCAUGCCCCACCUCUUGGAACUUGCGGACUUUUUGACUUCAGUUCGCCUUGCUGAGAUUGAGCCCAUUGCUUUCUGGUCCUGUGAUGUGCACCAGAUGGUCCAGAAAGUGUUCUCGUACUUGACAAGCCUUCUGGGACAUUGCAGCGGCAGCUUGAGCCGGUAUGGGUGCCCACCAUAUUCAUACUCUGGAAUCUUGAAGGGUGACAUCACUUCUUUGCAGCGUAUGAAAAAGGAUUUGAAGCUGCUGAUUGCCCUGGAGCUCUCAGGUGUUCCACAUUCUGACAACCUCCUGGCAGAUGCCAAGUUGUUGGCCAACGAUUGUGUCCGGCUGUGCAUGCUAGGGUUUGAAGCUUCAGGUUGGAAUCCAAAUCACAGGCCUUCGACUGAGAUUCUGAUUUCUCUGGUCAGGACUCUCCCAGAUUCCAAACUGAUAGAAGACACACAUGGUCGCAUUCGUAUGAGGCAAAAGAGUCAAAGCAAUGAGAAACUGACCAGGCCGGCUGUGCAAUUGAUUGUGAAUGAUUCCGGUACACUGGAAGAGAGAGAGAUCCGUCAUGGUCCUGCAGUGACUCAAGAUGCUUUCCUCCAGUUGUGGCGUGAGACCAAGGACACUUACAAGGCCAAUGCCCGCUGCAAUCCGAAGACGCACAAAUUGCCCAAAUUCUUCGGGAAGAUCAUGAAAAGGGAACGUAGCUGGGCAGCGAUCACAGAGCCAAACCUUCGUUGUUCAGCUGCCGCUUGGGAAUGGCUGCGCUACUACAGCUCAGAAGACCUCUCACAGUCAUUGGUGCAAAUCCAGGAUGGCCUGUUGAAUCUUCUUUGCAAGAAAGGCAUUCUCAUCCAAAAGGGAGGCGACGUUUUUCUCAUUCUUCAAAGCUACAAGUGGGCAUCAUUGGCGUGCCCUGUGGUGUGGGUGGGUGAGAACUUGCUUCAAGUGAAGCCUGGCGCAGAAAUUCAAUGGAUCUUCGUGUACAACCCUGAUGACUGGGAAGCAAUUCCUUUUACAGUUGUGUGGCGUGCUGACCUCGGCUUUGGCCUUUGCUUUCAGCGCAGUGGCAUCAUUGAACGUCUUGUCAAGUUUGCUUUGCGUUCACCAGGGAACUUUGUCCUCAAUGAUUUCCAUGUCCUUUGUGACCACUAUGGGAUUCCAAAUGGAAGCAGCCAGAAAACUCGCAUUGGUGCCCUUCAGCUACUAGCUUUCAGAUUUGGUCGGAACGAUGAGGAGUACACCAAGGAAGUUUUGGAGGCUGAGGGCAAGGGCAAGUCUUGUGGUAGCAGGCGGAAUGAAAACCAAUCUGAUUUCAUGGAAUGCUUACUGGAAAACAUGAGUUUGGAGGAGCGAGCCAAUUUCAAAGACCUCAAGCAGGAGGUUUCAUCAGCAGAACGGUAUUCCUUUGCCAAGAGGCAGCUAUGGAAUGAAUGGAAAAAAGAGAAAAAGGCAGAGAUUGAGGAACUUGAUGCACAUGACUCUGACUCUGAGCUGGUGGCACCACCAAUUCAAGGGAGCGCUGAUGAUGUGGCAGAAGCCUCACGACCUGGGAGUCCUGCUGCUGCUAGUCAUGAGCAAGAAGAAGACUUGCAACCAGCAGUAGUCGUGGCAGUGGCAGCGGCUUCAUCUGCGCCCCUGGAAGUUCAUGAACAUUCUCAGGAAAGGAUGUCUUUGCCACAGGAGUCUGAGCCUCGUCUUCAGGAGGCUGACAACUUGCAUCCAACAGCAGCUGAAGAGUCUCAAGUUGAAGAAGGUGGCCCAACAGCCGCGGGAAGCUCAAGGGACAAACCCAAAGCAUCGUCACCUGUUCGUGCACCUGUUGUUCGGGUCCAUCGGAGCCCAGCUGAGAUUCUCAACCAACUCUGCCCGCCCGGAAUGAUGCUUCGGAUGACGUACAACGACCACCGGUUCAAAGUCGAGACUGGCAGCAGAUUUCAUGAGUCCUCUUCAAAGCUGAAGGCUCCUUACAGCCAGAAGAGCUACUCAAAGUCCUUCGCUAGUGGUGCCCCUACAUGGCAAGAAGCCCUGUCAGAUGUCCACAACCAUGCAUGGACAAAGCACAACAUGAUGGUGAUCGCGGGGUACAUGGUUGGCUCUAGCGACCCUCAAUCCCCUGGAGUGAUUCCGGAGGAUGUCUUGUCCGACCUGCAACCUGAGAUUGAAAAGAUGCCUCCUCCAAAGAAGUACGGCUGA